UAUAUGCUGAUCAGGCAUAACAUUAUGACCAGCUGCCUAAUAUUGUGUUGGUCCCCCUUUUGCUGCCGAAACAGCCCUGGCCUGUCAUGCACUGUGUAUUAUUCUUCAACAAUUUGAGCAACAGUAGCUUGUCUGUUGGAUCGGAUCACACAGGCCAGCCUUUGCUCCCCAUGUGCAUUGAUGAGCCUUGACCACCCAUGAUUCUGUCACCGGUUCACCACUGUUCCUUCCUUGGACCACUUUUAAUAGAUACUGACCACUGCAGACUGGGAACACCCCACAAGAGCUGCAGUUUUGGAGAUGCUCUGAUCCAGUCGUCUAGCCAUCACAAUCUGGUCCUUGUCAAACUCGCUCAAAUCCUUACGCUUGCCCAUUUUUCCUGCUUUUAACACAUCAACUUUGAGGACAAAAUGCAGAAACUUGCUCCUUAAUAUAUCCCACCCACUAACAGGUGCCAUGAUGAGGAGAUCAUCAGUCUUAUUCACUUCACCUCUCACUGCUCAUAAUGUUAUGCCUGAUCAGUGUAUAAUAUAUGUAAUGUUUUAUGCAUUCUGAAAUGCUAGAGGGAUUAUGUGAAGGGAGUUACUGUAGACCAAUUUGAUCCAGUCUGGCCAUUUUCCAUUGGCCUCUAUAAUUCAACAAGGAAUAACUCCUAAAUAUCCAAGAGAUGUGUUCGAUUUAGAUAUAUAAUACUGCCUUUGGAUUAUUUGCAGCCAGGUUUAUAUGAGGAAUCCUUAUUCCCAAUUAAGUUAUUACAGUAAGCUUCUGAAGUAAGUGCUUCCACAAGUAAAUAUCAUCACUGGUAACUGAACGGUGCCCAAUACUGCUUACUAUAGUACAUAAUAUUACGAGAAAUAGUUAGUACUACAUUAAGUAUGUUAAGUAUGUGUUUUGAUGAUCCUCAUAAAGAUAGCUGAACGCCUUUUUCCCAAACACGGUCUUCAAACGCUCGCGGCUCUCAGCCAAUCAGCGGCCGCCUGUCAGCGCUCGGUUAUUCACUCUGAGCUCUGCUGGACUGGUCAUAAAGUAUUGUUAGAAAGUUUGUAGAGCUGACUUAAUUCAAGACACUGUCUUUCGGUAAACAUGCUUUUUCCAUAUAUCGCUAUUGUUUGUCUCGGAGUCCUGCACAAAACGUUGCACGCGGAGGGAAGCGGCGACGUGCUCGAGCUCGGGGACGCGGAUUUUGAGCGCCGUGUAGCCGAGCACGAGACCCUGCUCGUGGAGUUCUUCGCACCGUGGUGUGGUCACUGUAAGAGGUUAGCCCCUGAAUAUGAAGCUGCUGCUACCAGGUUAAAGGGCAAAGUGCCCCUAGUGAAGGUCGACUGCACUACAAACUCUGAGACAUGUGAGAAGUUUGGGGUGAAUGGGUAUCCCACUCUAAAAAUCUUCCGAAAUGGUGACGAGGCUUCUGCAUACGAUGGUCCUCGGACAGCAGAUGGCAUUGUGAGCUAUAUGAAGAAGCAGUCUGGCCCAAGCUCUGUAGCUCUACACACUGAAUCGGAGUUGGAUACUUUCAUAAACGAUUUUGAUGCCAGUGUUGUGGGCUUUUUUUCAGGAAGUGACAGUCUGGAGCUUGCUGACUUUCUGAAGGCCUCUAGUGCCUUGAGAGACAGCUAUCGAUUUGCCCAUGCCACAGACCUGGGAAUAGGACUAAAACAUGGUGUGGACGAAGAGUGCAUCCUCCUUUUUCGGCCUCCACACUUGAAUAACGUGUUUGAGGAUAGUGUGUUGAAGUUUGCCGACCCUGUCUCAACCUCAACGCUACGCACAUUCCUCAGAAACAAGAUUUUUGGCCUUUGUCCUCAUCUGACCACUGAGAACAGAGACAGACUAAGAGAAACUGAUCUCCUUACAGCUUAUUACGAUGUUGAUUAUGUGCGGAAUCCAAAGGGUACAAAUUACUGGCGAAACAGGGUGAUGAAGGUGGCGACCCGGUUCCUGUCUCAUGGGUUGAGCUUCGCUGUGGCUGACUGGGAGGAGUUUCAGGAGGAGCUGGAGGAGGAAUUUGGACUGCAGUUGUCUGAUGGAGGAGAGAUGCCCCUUAUCAGCAUCAGGACCAGAGCAGGACACAAGUACAUUAUGCAGGAGGAGUUCACGCGAGACGGUAAAUCUUUGGAGAGGUUCAUUGAGGAUUAUUUUGCCAAUCGCUUAAAGAGAUACAUCAAAUCUGAGCCUGUGCCAGAAACAAAUGAUGGUCCUGUCAAGGUGGUGGUGGCUGACAGUUUCAAUGAGAUUGUGCACAAUCCAGAGAAAGAUGUACUGGUUGAGUUUUAUGCUCCAUGGUGCAGUCAUUGUAAAAAUCUGGAGCCUAAAUAUACAGAGCUUGGAGAAAAGCUGUCUGGUAAUUCCCACAUUGUCAUUGCCAAGAUGGAUGCCACUGCCAACGAUAUUCCUCCAAAUUAUGAUGUACAAGGCUUCCCAACGAUUUAUUUUGCUCCUGCUGGACAAAAAGACCAACCAAGGCGUUAUGAGGGUGGACGUGAGGUCAGUGACUUCAUCAGCUAUCUGAAGAAAGAAGCUACAAAUCCACUGGUCAUUGGCAGUCUAAGGGAUGACCUGUGAAUUUGACCUGACAAUGAGAAAAGUCCAAUACAAAAUCUCUGUCGACACUGUGGGGACACAGACAACAUGAGUGUCAUUUCAUCCCCAAAUUAGCACUCUUUUUUUCCCCUUUUUUUUUUUAUAACAGGCUAUAAUAUCAUGAAGCAGGUAACAUGAAGCUGCGCUACCAUUGCACACAUGGACUAUAAAACAACUGUAAUUAAACUGUAAUUUCAUCUAUAGGAAUACACAUAUAAUUGAAAUUGUAUUUCUGCAGUUUUCUUACAAAUUUUCUUACAAUUUUCUUUGUAUUGUGAAUGCUCAGGAAAUUAAGUGUAUUUUACACUGUUUUAAAGGUUUUAUUUAUGUUCUGUAUCAAUAUAUUGGGAGCCAAUACCCUGUAUAUAUUGUCAACAACAAAGAAUAAUAAUUUUAAGAUAUUGUUAUUUGAGAUCAGAACUAAGGAAAACAUACAGUAUUUGGCAAACUUUGUGUAA